AUGUUGUCGCCAACUAGCCAAAAAGGAGACAUUGAGCCCCCAGAUGAGAUCACUUCGGAAGCUGUCAAAGGAUUUCUCGCGGGAGCUUUUCGGUUCGGCUCAGUCUCCAUCUUAGCACACAUGAUACUCAUUAUGCCUCACCCUUUUACCUUCUCUACCCCCGCCCCGCCUGCGACGUCGCAAGCGCAGCCCCGCCCACGCCCCUCUCUUUUGUCCAAGGAAUACCUUCGAUCGCGCUUCUUCUAUCGACCUCUUGAGGGGUUCUCCGAGUGGAUAUCGCCGACCGCCCGUAUCUACCGGCCUCUGACCCCGCAAUUCAAGGUCUUCCUCCAAAUCGCAGCCAUGACACUCGGUGGAUGUAUCUGGGCCGAGAGCAGGGUGAACGAAUACAUUAAUUUUGUGAGAAAGGCGAAGCGGGCACAACGGAAACAAGCUGAAAUGGGUGCUCGAUUGGCGGAGUAG